CAUCCGUUUUCAUCGGAGCAUGGACAUCCGACAUACCCUAUUGUGUGCGUGGCCAUAGAGUCAUAGGUACAUGGUAGACUUCAACAUUUCAGCAGUUUCAACCUUCAACAAAGUUGAGCGCAUGAUGCAUCUUGAAGUUGAAGGUGCUCUCUGAGUCUAUGCGCUCGCAGCUGUGGCUUCUGCCUUGAGCUUUGAGUUUUGAGCUAAGGUGGCUAACACAGCGAUGAGACAACGUUGUACAGUAAACUCAUGUAAGGUUGAGGAGCAGGUGGCAGUUCGUUUUGUCACGGUCUUGCACUAUAUGGGAGCGGGGAAGAGCCACUGACAAGAUUCUUGCGUGGUCCUCAGAAGUGUGGUGCCAUAGCUGCUGAAUGACAGCUGCUGAAUGUCAACAGCUGCAACUUAGGUGGACGCCCUUACGAGUUUCAUUGCGGGUGCAAGCUUUCCUACGACAAGCAAAUUCAUGCCACGCGCUUUCACUGAGCCUGCACGUUUGAAAGAGGGGCCCAAAUCAGCUGGCCCCCUGAAUCAAGCCCUUCAGACGCCCACUGAGUGCUCCGCUGAAACCUGUCCCAAAUCCCAGCCCCCCUAGAUUGCAAAGCCCCCCACCCCUCUGGCCACUCAUAUGGCGGAAGGUGCCUUCCCGCUUGGCAGACUGCCCCAGGGACGGCAGGCCCUUGGCCUGGGCCUAGUGAUAGUGGCAGGGCUCCUGUAUAUUUCUGCGGGGUUCGCCAUUCAGGUGAUCAUAGAGAGGGGCGCGUCGUCCUUCCUGGUGUCAUACGUCUCAUCAUGCCUGUUCAUUCUGCACCUCCCCUGUGCCAUGCUCGCCCGCUGGUACCGGCAGGGGCAUAACGCUGGCUUUUGGGAGCUUUCGCGCAAAGAGAAAAGCUCAGAUGGUGGGGAUUCUCCAGGGGCAGGGAGCCCUAGCCAAUGGAGAAAACUGGCUUCGGUAGUUGAGGACGGGGAGGCAAAUGGGUGUAAUUGGAGUAGAGGGCUUCAGGAAAGUGCGGGAGGCCUCCAGUUGGAAGCGGCGGCGAUUGAUGAGAGGCGGGUAGGAAGUGAGAGAGAAGUGCACCCCCAUGUAGGGGCCGCACUGCCAUUUGCCCUCUUGGGCCCGGAAGAAAGUUCCGGGGACGUGGGUAGUAGGAGCGUGUCUGAACCGCAGACACCGAUACUGUCCGUCUUAGAAGCUUGGAAGGCGCCCGCUUCUCCAAGCAAGUUAAUUGAGUUAACGGCCCAUGGGGGCCCCGUCAAUGUCGCUGCAGUCAGGACCUUGUUCAGCACUCCAAUCGGCAGCAAGUCGAUGGCGGAAGAAACCUUAGGUAGGCAGGAUGGAGCAGAACUUCAGAGCCUUCCGGAGCUGGGAUUUCAACCUCAGAAGUCCUGGGGACUUGACAGCCAGGGGCAGGCCCCGUUACUGCCCGAUGUAGAAGCGCAGGAUGAUGCAUUGGACAGCACCGAACCGGUUGUGAGCGCAUACCAGGGUUCGCUCAGGGGCCUGAGGCUGGGGCCCUUAGGUGCGGAGCAUUGGGAGGCUGUGAAGAUUGCGGCCGUGAUUGGUCCGCUGUGGUUUAUGGCACAGUACACAUAUACCUUGUCCCUGGGCCUGACCACCGUGUCUAGUAACACGAUCAUAUUCUCUUCCACGAGCCUCUUUACUUUCCUGAUCUCGGUCAUCUGGCUGAAGGAGCCGUUCACGAUCUUCAAGCUCGCCAUGAUCGUUUGCGCCAUGCUGGGAACAGUGGUCGUCAGCAUCUCGGACGUGGAGUCGUCUUCUGAGUCGGACGGCUCCCUUUCGAUCCCUUCUGGGCCUGCCUUAGGCAACGGACUUGCCUUUGUGGCGGCCAUAAUCUACGCCUUCUAUGGCACUAGUGUCGAAUACACGAUGCCAGACGAAACCGGGGAGGAUCUUGACAGCUGUCCUAGCAAGCGGGGCAAGAAGCCGGUCAGCACGUCCCUGGUGUUUGGGUAUAUGGGUCUGCUCGCCGGUGUGUUUUUGCUGCCGUGCCUGUUGCUGCUUGCAUGGACCGGGUUGGAGAACCUGCGUUGGAUGGGGGCAAAAACGUUCGGGCUCUUGAUCGUCAAAGGUAUAUUCGGAAACGUUGUCGCUGAUUACCUGUGUGCAAGGGCUAUGCUGCUAACAACCCCAACCGCAGCAAGCGUGGGCCUGGCGGUUCAAACACCGAUUGCUAUACUUGCCGAGCUUCUCAUCUUUGGAAUCGUUCCAAAGCCUCUGAUGCUGGUUGGCGGCACGUUGGUUCUGUGCGGAUUCUUAGGUAUCAACCUCGACCUGGGGUCUCGAGGCUCAAAGUCCUGAUUCUUUGCAUUAGAAGGGCGCCUUUGUAGGAAUGGUAACUUAAUCGUCGUUCCUUGCGCAUCUGGAGCAGCCACGUUGCGGUAUGUGCAAUGUAGUCGCAUGACAUGAAAGUCGACGGCAGAUGAGGCGGCGCAACAAAUAAUGGUUCUGAAUCGUCAAACUUAACAUACUGCAACUUACUGAGUUAUCUUUAGGUUUGUGUUUUUCAUGCAAGAGAUUCGUGAAUCAGGCAGCAAGCCAGGUAAUCUGGUCC